GCCUGCGCUCGCGAGCCCACACAGCGCAGUAAAGCAGCUGCAGGUAUAGCGGUGAGUCUCGCGAACGGCAAAGGGAUACACGGUUAACCAGCUAAAGGACGGACAGCGCCAUUUAUGCUGAGACUUUACACCCUGCUGAAGGACAGCCAGAGGGGUUACGAAAGGAUUACCUACUGUUUCUGCAACAACUCUGCAUCUCAAGAAUGAUGUCCUCGUGAUGCCCUCGUGGAAAAAUUUUUGAGCCGCUUUCAUGGUCCUUCUCCAGGUACAUAUCCAAUACAUGUGCAUUCCAGAGGCCCACCUUGGCAGCUAGAGGAGAGGUUGGCCUCAGUCACCAUGACAUCGUUGCCACGGAAUCUAGUUUCCCUGGCUGUGUCUGGCCUUUUCCUCUGUCUGCUCUCUUUUGGCAUCCCUGCUGUGUUCUCCCAAAAGCCCACAUCUCCCACAGAGUCCAGCCCAAGCUUACAACCACAGAGCAAGCCAGAGUGUACCCACCAAGAACACCCUAUUAUCUCUAUUCAAGCAUUAAGCCCUUGGAUUUCCAUUUUCUCCCACCCUGGUGUACGAGACUACUCCCAACUCACUCUUGAUCUGACCAGGAAUGAGCUAAUAGUAGGGGCAAGAAACUACCUCUUUCGACUGAACUUAAGCAACAUUUCACUUAUCCAGGCGACAGAAUGGGGCCCAGACGAAGACACCAGGAGGUCCUGUCAAAGCAAAGGGAAGACGGAGGCGGAGUGUCAAAACUACAUUCGAGUACUUCUGGUUAACAAGACCGAGGUCAUGUCCUGUGGCACCAACGCUUUCCAGCCUCUGUGCAUCACCAGAGAAGUGGGGAAUAUGAGCAGAAUAUUGGAACGGGUGAAUGGCGUAGCACGCUGCCCCUAUGACCCUCGCCAUAACUCUACGGCGGUUGUGACAGACAGCGGAGAGCUGUACGCUGCAACAGUCAUCGACUUCUCUGGCCGGGACCCAGUCAUAUACCGCAGCCUGGGAAACAUGCCUCCUCUGAGGACCGCCCAGUACAACUCCAAAUGGCUCAAUGAGCCUCAGUUCAUCUCAGCCUAUGAUAUUGGACUCUUCACAUUCUUCUUCUUGAGGGAGAAUGCAGUGGAGCAUGACUGUGGGAAGACGGUGUACUCUCGGGUGGCGCGCGUCUGUAAGAAUGACAUUGGUGGCCGCUUCCUGCUUGAGGAUACGUGGACCACUUUCACCAAGGCUCGGCUGAACUGCUCCCGCUCUGGAGAGAUCCCCUUCUACUACAAUGAGCUCCAGAGCACUUUCUACCUGCCUGAGCAGGAUCUCAUCUAUGGCAUCUUUACUACCAAUGUGAACAGUAUAGCUGCAUCAGCAGUUUGUGCAUACAACCUAAGUGCCAUCACACGUGCGUUCAAUGGGCCGUUCCGCUCCCAGGAGAACCCACGGUCCACCUGGCUGCCAACUCUUAACCCCAUCCCCAACUUCCAGUGUGGUACCAUCGAGGACGAGGGGCCUAAUGAAGGCCUAACCGAACGCAGCCUGCAGGAUGCUCAGCGACUCUACCUCAUGAAUGACGUGGUACAGCCUGUGUCUGUAAACCCACUGGUGUGGCAGGAUAAUGUGCGCUUCUCCAAGCUAGUGGUGGACAUUGUGCAGGGCCAAGACACGCUGCACCAUGUCAUGUACAUUGGCACAGAGUAUGGGACCAUUCUGAAGGCUCUGGCCACCACCAAUAAGAGUCUACAAGGCUGUUAUUUGGAGGAGAUGCAGCUCCACCCCCCUGGUGUAAAGGAGCCAAUCCUGAGUCUCCAGAUUCUCCAUGGCGACAGGACUCUCUUUGUGGGUCUGAAUGACCGAGUGCUAAAAAUUCCUCUGGCUAGAUGCUCCAGCUAUAAAACAGAACAGAUGUGUUUGGGUGCCAGAGACCCAUAUUGUGGUUGGGACAGGAAGCAGCGACGCUGCACAACAAUUGAGGAUAGCUCCAACAUGAGCCAAUGGUUCCAGAACAUCACUGCAUGCCCACUGCGGAAUCAGACCACAGAUGGUGCCUAUGGGCCCUGGACUCCAUGGCAGCCUUGCAGUCACGAUGACGGGGAUGGCACCAGUGCCUGCCUUUGUCGUUCUAGGGCAUGUGACAGCCCUCCUCCCCUCUGUGGGGGGAAAAUGUGUGAGGGUCCUACCAUUGAAGUGGCCAACUGCUCAAGGAAUGGUGGCUGGACUCCCUGGUCAUCAUGGGGUCAGUGCAGCACCAGCUGCGAGAUUGGCUUCGAGGUGCGCCAAAGGUCCUGCAACAACCCCUCGCCCAGACACGGUGGCCGAGUGUGUGUGGGCCAAGCCAGAGAACAGAGAUUCUGCAAUGAGAAGGUUUCCUGCCCUCAGCCUGUUUUCUGGUCGUCGUGGUCACCCUGGUCUAAGUGCAGUGCUGAAUGUGGGGGAGGAGUGCACUCUCGCUCCAGGAAUUGUGAGAAUGGAAACAGCUGUCCAGGCUGUGCACUGGAAUACCAGGCCUGUAAUCUGGAGUCAUGUCCUGAGGUGAGGCGGAACACUCCUUGGACACCAUGGGUGCCAGUCAAUAUAACUCAAGGUGGUGCACGCCAGGAGCAGAGGGUGCGCUACAUUUGCCGGGCACAGCUGGCAGAUCCGCAUGAACUCCAGCUGGGUAAAAGGAAGGUGGAGACGCGCUUCUGUCCCAACGAUGGCACUGUCACCUGUGACACAGACUCUCUUGUGGAUGAGCUACUCAGGACUCCUGGGGUGAGACUCACAGGCUCCAGCUGGUCAUUAUGGGAGUCAUGGACUGCGUGCAGUCAGGAGUGUGCUAAAGGCUAUCGCUCCCGAAAACGCACCUGCACUGGCAUGGACGGCAAGAAUUCUCCCAACGCCUGCAGAGGCUCUCCUGUAGAGUACCAGGACUGCAAUCCCCAGCCAUGUCCUGUGAAAGGUGCCUGGUCUUGCUGGUCGUCAUGGUCACAGUGUACGGUGCCCUGCGGUGGCGGGCACUACCAGCGGACACGCACAUGCACAAGCCCCGCGCCCGCCCAUGGAGGGGACAUCUGCAUCGGGCUGCAUACAGAGGAGGCUCUGUGCAACACACACACCUGCCAGGGUGGCUGGAUGGCCUGGACCUUGUGGUCUGCAUGUGAUGAUCUGGGCCUACAGUCACGCACUCGGGUGUGUGGGAAUCAGGGUUCUCCAUGUGUGGGGAACAGCACCCAGUACAGAGACUGCAACGAGAUACCCGUGAUUUUACCUGCAUCUGGCUAUGAUAAAGACCAGCAGUGUGGGGGGUUCACACUGUUGCAUCUGAUAGCGACAGGUGUGUCAUGUUUUCUGGGAGCAGGCCUGUUGUCAUUCCUAGUAUAUGUCUACUGUCAGCGCUUCCACAAACCCUCACAGGAGUCAGCUGUGAUCCACCCUACCACCCCUAACCACCUCAGCUACAAGGGCAACACCACGCCAAAGAAUGAGAAAUACACACCCAUGGAGUUCAAGACACUAAACAAGAACAACCUACUGCCAGAUGAACGACCCAACUUCUUUCCUUCACAAAUCCAGCAGACGAAUGUCUACACCACCACCUAUUACCCCACACCACUGGGAAAGUAUGACUAUCGGCCUGACUCCUCCCCCUCUCCCUGCAGAACCUACAACCCCAGCUGAGACACGUGUCCCACCCCUUAGCUAUAUUGCCAUGGUGAUGGGGAAUACUGACAGUCCGGAGCUUUUUCGUAAACUCUUACCAUGCGCUCCACCCAUGCAUUCUUGGCACCUGAUGUGCAUAGGUGCUCCUCUGGAUCAUUUCACAUGACUCCUCACACUCCCACCAUGGAGGAUAUGAGCAUGUCAUAUAAAUCACAGCUAAUGGUGUUUUAGAUGGUAUUCCUUCCUUGGGAAUGUGUACAAUUGUGUAGCUACACUGAUGUCAAUUAUUUAAAUCUCGAUCUCUGAGAAACUCAAGAUAUCUUUAAUCUUAACAGAAAAGGGUUUCUGGCUAAAUGAAAGAGGACCUCUAUUUAAGCUGACUCCACACUCUCCAAUCUAGAAAACCUCUUAUGUGAAUUCCAAAAUGGGCAAGUUCAAGACUCCACACUGGCAAACAUUGCACCAAGGAAAGGAGCAAAAAGAAAUACGGUUAAAGAAAGGAAUGAACAGAACCUGUUAGUUCUAUGUAACAAGGCCCAAAAACGCACUGUAGGCUGUGGGUCUACAGUUCUCACCAUCUCACAACUAAUGCACUGUUAAAAGACAUGCAAUGCUGAUAUUAUUACAUGGACAACAAUGAACCUGCUUGGUCAGGAAAUCAGUAUGGCAAAGUCUGCAACCCAUCUAUGAGAAAGUGCAGAGGAUGGAGUCCAAUGUGCCACUGUUCAGUAGAGUUUGGAGAAGAAGCAAUAGGAUUGUAACUGGUGCCACUGGGCUUUAAAGACCACUAUUACCUUCCAGUCUCUGCCGUGUUGGACCUUGGAUAUAUCAUAAGAACACAUACUUCUGAAUUCUGAAUACUUGGUUUGCCUUGAUGGUUGUAUCAAAUACGAAAUGUUUGGACAAUUUUUUUUAAUAUGAAACAUUAUAGAAAAAAAUGAUAGCUUGGCACUUUUUAAAAUAUUAUUUUAAAGAUGGAAUUAUUUGACAGUUGUUUGGAAAUGAAGUAGGAUAGAUGAAUAUUAGGGUUUAUUUAAAGAAUUCACACUUUGAUGGGAUAUACUGAUUUUGGUCAUUUUCUUAUAUUUAGAUGUAUUAUUUUGUACUCUUUAUAGAAUUAACCAUCAUUAUCAUUAUUUUUUAAAUAUGGCAUUAAUUUAUACAGCAUUAAUUAUACUAUCGAAUAUCCAUCAUUUGUUCUUCAAGCUCUUACAGCAGUGAUUCAAAUAUUUCAUCACAUCUAGCACAUUUUCCCUACCAUAAUUUGACAUUAUAACUGUGCACACAUACAGUAAGCAUUUGUAUGUGUGUAUGUGUCUUAAAAGGAAUGACCAAACUCAAAUUUGUACAGUGUUAAAGGAGUUAAUGAAGCAGGAAUGCACAUUCUUUAAUUUUUAAUAUCUCAUUCAUUGUAUUCAGUAUCUGAUGCACUCUUCAGUUCUACAUGAACAAACAACAAAAAAGGGAAAAGAACAUGGGGAAUCUUGUUGGGGUAUGAUAUUAUUUAAAGUAAACUCGGUUUGUUAAGGGGCAUUCAAGAACAAAGCUAUUUUUAUUAUGCUCGUCAAUGGAAUGCUGCCAGUGGUGACCUUUAGUUAAGCUAAGCACGAGUGCUUGAUUUGUACAUAGGUAAUGCCCCACUAUGACACAUAAAAGUUAGUGUAAUGUACAUGUAUAUUGUAAAGCUAACACUUUUUUUUACAGGCCUUAUAGUUGUAAAAUAGUAUGUGCAGCAUCUGUGUAUAUACCAACUAUAGGCACGGUGUGGGGAUGGAGCUUCUCAAUGAGUCUAGUGCUCCUGCUCUGUGGGAGUCAACCAGAACUCCUCCAAUUCUUGGUAAAAUCCAAUUUAAAAUUUCAUUCACAUCUAUUAUGUGAUCAUACUGUUUAAUUCAGGCACAAAACUACUAGUUUGGUGAAUUGUUUUAGGAGUUUCCAACAUUAUUGCUCACUAAUUUUAAUUUUACAACUUUAAACUUACUUCCAACUGUGGUAUUGCAUCCAAUCCAACAGGAAAAUUUCAUAUUUAUAAGAAUGCCACUAUGCAGAGAUUUAAAGAGUUAUUCUGCUAUACUGAUGUCAUGAGCCAUGUUACCAUAUGCCUCUAUAAAAAUCAAGCGUUAAUUUGCAGCUGUAUAAAAAGGCCUGGAAUGUGCUGUGAUUUCAAUUUACUGCCUACACUACGAGGCUCAGCAGUGUAUCACAUUCACUAGCAGUGUAUUCACAUUCACAUUUCUGUUUAAUAAGAACAAAUUAUUGGUCUCGAUAAAAUAUAUUUUAUAUAUAGGAAUAUGACACCCAUUACCUAAUAUGAAAGCUUCUCAUAUUUGCCCAAUGUAUGGUCUUAUUACUCCCACUCUGACCUCUGGUUUUUAACAGGCAAGGAGCAAGCUGACAAAAUGAGACGCUCCGUCCCCUCAAGGCUUGGUGCCCUUCUAUGCAACUGACCCAUUGGUACUGUUAGAUAUGUGAUGUAGACUGUAAUCACUGCCUUUUAGACACUGUGAAUUUUUGGUACUCUAUAUUUUUGUAUAUUGUACAUUGUAAAUGAUAAUAAACCAUGAUGAUGACUCAAACUAA